UUGCAAUCGAUAAUGGUUUUCAUCUCUGCGCUCGUCUUCGUCGUCCAAAUAAUGAAUUGCUUCAAGUAAUAAUCUGUCAACAUUGUCAUCGAAAUCCAUGGAACCAGAUCCGAAUUGUGCUUUGCAAAUUUCUCCUGGGGAUUCAAAGUACUGGCUCCCUCAAGGGUCACCCGAAAAAAAACCUAUUGUUGGGAUGAUAUUUUGUAAUGUAGAUACUGCCUUUACUUUUUAUAAACAAUAUGCUGCUGAAUUGGGCUUUACUAUUCGUCAUCAUGCAUCUAAGAAGGCCAGAGAUGGACAUAUAUUGUUCAAGUACAUUGUAUGUAAUAGAGCUGGUUUUAAGAACAAAGUUUGUCCUCCUGUUUCGGAUGCCAAUCUCGCUGGUUCUGAAGUUUGCCAGAAAAAUAGGAAACGAGUGUCUAAUAGGAUUGGAUGUAAAGCCAGGAUAACUCUCAAAUAUGUUGGAGUUAAUGGUUACUCAAUUUUUGCCUUUGAGGAAUGCCACAAUCAUGCCAUGUCCUCUGAAGUAUCUAAACAAUUUCUAAAGGCAAAUAGAAAUUUAGACAUCGGGCAUCAGAAGUUUAUUUUAAAUUGUUUUAGAGCGAAUAUUGGCACAAUGAAGUCAUAUCGGCUAUACAAGGAAACUGUUGGGGGUUAUUCUAAUAUAGGGGCUACAGCCGUUGAUUUCAAGAACUUCAAGCGUGAUCUUAUGGCUUACAUAUCCGGUGUUGAUGCCCAAAUUGUUGUUGACAAAUUAUUCAGGAAGCAAGAUGUGUGUUCUGCCUUCUUUUUUGACUACGAUGUUGAUGAUACUGACCAAUUAACAAGGUUGUUUUGGGCUGAUCCUAUUUGCCGCAAGAAUUAUGCAUUGUUUGGUGAUGUUGUUUCGUUUGAUGCAACCUAUGGAACGAACAGGUACAAUAUGGUUUUUGGACCUUUUACCGGUGUUGAUAAUCAUAGAAAGUGCAUCACUUUUGGUGCUGGGUUGUUAUUAAAGGAGGAUGUUGAAUCAUAUGUUUGGCUUUUUACUCGUUUUAUUAAUGCAAUGGCACGUCAACCAACAUGUAUUAUUACCGAUCAAGAUCCAGCGAUGAGGAUUGCCAUUGAGAAGGUAUUUACAUCAUCCAAACACCGCUAUUGUAUGUGGCAUAUUAUGAACAAAGUCACUCAAAAGGUAGGUCCAGUUUUAAGCAAAAAUGAAACAUUUAUGGCUUCAUUGAAUUCAAUUGUUUGGAGCCAUUACUUAGAACCAUCUCAAUUUGAAGAAAAGUGGAUCUCUCUGAUGCAUGAAUAUGAAUUGACAACUCAUGACUGGUUCUGCCAUAUGUUUGAGCUUCGUAGAUGGUGGAUUCCGUCUUACUUUAGAGAUCUAUUUAUGGCUGGAUUGCUUCGUACAACGUCACGUUCUGAAAGUGAAAAUUCCUUUUUUCGUGAAUUUACCAACCCACAUUUCAGUUUAGUAGAAUUUCUUAUGCAGUUUGAGAGUGCAAUGGAUGCACAAAGGCAUGUACAUGAUAAGUUGAACUCAGAGUCAGAAUCCUACAUUCCAGACUUGAAGACUCCUUUACCUUUGGAGAAGGCCGCAUCAGAUGUAUUCACACUUUCUGUCUUCUAUGAUAUUCAGUCGGAGUUGUGUUUAAGUUGCUUCUCAUGUCGUGUUUUGCGUGUGCAUGAUGUUGAUGGUGAUUUUGAGUAUGAAAUUUCUGAUGAUCGUAAUUUGGUGUUUAGAGUUGGGUUGAGCAUGUCCAAUAUGAAGGCCAUGUGUACUUGUAAAUAUUAUGAGCGGAUUGGCAUGGUUUGUCGACACAUUUUUGUUGUUCUAAAGGACUUCAAAUUGGAACGCAUUCCAGAUCAUUUGAUUAAUAGCAGAUGGUGCAAGAAGGGUUUAGUGAAGCCAUUGGCUGCAAUUUCAGAUUCCAUACUUGAGCAGACUACUUUGUUGGAGGACAAUAAGAUUUCUGUUAACAGUCUAUGGUCUGACAUAUAUGCUUGCAUGGCCCUUGUUGAAAAUAAUCCUAGUUAUUUGAAGAAAUUUUCAGGUAUAAUUAAAGAGCAAAAGGAUAUUCUGCUUUCUCUACAUGAAGGUGUUGGUCACGAUUCAACAAAGAAGUCAUUAAUUGAAUCAUUCUAUGGUUCUAGUGUGCCAUCCGAAGUCAUUGUUCAUCCCCCGCAACAGGCCAAAAAUAAGGGUUCUGGACGUAGGUUGAGGUCUUCCAAGGAAGUUUUGAUUGAAGAAUCUCAACGUCCCAAAAGGCUUUGUAGAUCGUGCAAUGAGAUGGGGCAUCACGACAGUAGGAAUUGCCCUUUGAAUAAAUAAGCUUGAUUAAAGUUGAAGUUUGUUUUCAUUUUUGGUUGUUUGACAUUACAGUGAGA